GAAGAACGUUUUUCCCGUGUCCCGGAACCUGUACAGAAGCGCAUAGUGUUCUGGUCCUUCCCACGCAGUGAACGGGAAAUAUGCAUGUACUCUUCCCUUGGCUAUCAUCCCCCAGAGGGUGAGCGAGAUUCUCGUGUGCCCUUCAACCGUGGCUUGAAUUUGCUGCAAUCAGGUGCUGUUGAUCGCGUCCUCCAAGUAGGUUUCCACCUGAGUGGUAUUGUGACGGAACCACCCGGCCCCAGCGAGCCAGAGCACAGUUAUCACGUCUCCAUCAGUUUUGACCGCUGCAAAAUCACAUCGGUUAGCUGCGCCUGUGACAACCGGGACAUCUUCUAUUGUGCUCAUGUGGUGGCUCUGUCCCUGCAUCGCAUCCGGCACGCCCACCAGGUGGAGCUGCGCCUGCCUAUCUCAGAGACAUUGUCCCAAAUGAACCGGGAUCAGCUUCAGAAGUUUGUGCAGUACCUGAUCAGCGCCCACCAUACGGAAGUGCUGCCGACAGCUCAAAGGCUUGCUGAUGAGAUUCUGCUGCUGGGCUCCGAGAUCAACCGAGUGCAUGGUGCUCCAGAUCCCACAGCUGGUGCUGGCAUUGAAGAUGCAAACUGUUGGCACUUGGAUGAGGAACAGAUCCAAGAACAAGUGAAGCAGCUCCUGUCCAAUGGGGGUUAUUAUGGAGCGAGCAAGCAGCUUCAGUCCAUGUUCAAUAAGGUGCGGGAAAUGCUACGAAUGCGAGAUUCCAACGGGGCACGGAUGCUCAUCCUGAUGACGGAGCAGUUUCUGCAGGAUCCGCGCCUGGCACUCUGGCGGCAGCAGGGAGCAGGCAUGACCGACAAAUGCCGGCAACUCUGGGAUGAACUCGGUGCAUUGUGGGUAUGUGUGGUUCUGAGCCCGCAUUGUAAGCUGGAAGAGCGGGCAGUGUGGCUGCAGCUUCUUAAGAAGUGGAAUAAACUAGACAUUUGUCCACUGGAGGAGGGUAACUACUCCUGUGACAGUGUUGGAAUCAACAGCAGCUUGUCAUCGAAUCCAAAUCGCAGCCCAGCCGCUGCUCGACAGACCGUCUUUGGCCGCGCUAUCAAGGCAGCUGAGCUUCGUUGGGGGGAUUGCCACCUGCAGAAGAUCCUGAGCAGCGACUGCUACGGCGUCUCUUUGAAGAGCGGUGGCGACAAGCUGGGCUUCGACCCCCAAGGCCAUCCACUCUGGCUGGGCGAUGCCUUCCCCAUGGCCUGCGCCCGGGUUGAUGCCUUGCGCUCCCACGGCUACCCCCGCGAGGCCUUGCGCCUGGCGGUGGCCGUCGUCAACGCCAUGCGCUUGCAGCGGCGUCAUCAGCUGGACAGCUACAAGCAGCAGAAGAAAGAGCUCCUGCACAAAGGCACAACCAGCAUCACCAACUUGGAAGGGUGGGUUGGGCACCCCCUGGAUCCCAUUGGUUGCCUCUGCCGUACCUUUCUGGAGGCCUGUCGAAUGGAUGACGAGGGGCUCGUCCUGUUUCCAGAUUCUCCAGCGGAGCCCAAGAAGGCCCUGUAUCAGCACAUCCCGGUGCCCUCGAGUCCUGGCGAGUCGUAUUAUAUGCUGGCCCUGGAGGUGGCCCUGCUGGGGUUGGGGCAGCAGCGGUCCAUGCCAGAGGGCCUUUAUGCACAGGAUAAGGUGGUGCGCAGUGAGGAGCAAUUAAUUGGACUUCUAGACGAGAUGGAGCUCGACGAGCGGCUGGUUCCUGUGCUUCGCAAGCAAGCGUCCUUGUUGUUGGAUGGAGGGCCUUUCAGUGGAUUUGGCGAGGUGGUGUUCCGCGAGAGUGUUCCCAUGCAUACUUUUGCCCGCUACCUCUUCACUGCCAUGCUGCCCUAUGGACCCCGAGGUUGGCUUAACCGUUGGCGUUGAGAGCCAUGAGGCUUCCCGUGUUGGAGACUGUGUUACCAGCCAAUGACAUCCUGCACCAGAAUCCCCUGGACUCCAUGAUGGCCAAUCGCUUCCCCCGCUGGUUUACCUUGGGUCACCUUGAGACUCGACAGUGCGAGCUAGCCUCCGCUAUGCUUACAGCUGCUAAAGGUGACCCCAAUUGGCUGCGCAUGGUCCUGGGCUCCAUCCAGCAGAAUAUCCAUUCCCCGGCCUUGCUGUUCAAACUGGCACAGGAUGCCUGCAAGACUGCCACGCCAGCCAACACUCCUCCAGAUACCACCUUGCUUAACAUCUCUCUGGAGCUUGGCUUGCAGGUGAGGGUACACCUGAGCA